AUUACUUACAUAUACAAUAUACACGUAUUAUUAAACACGUGUGAUAAUAAAAUAAAGGUUUGUAAUUUUAAGCGCGGUGCGUUUUUCGUAAGACUGGAUACAGUUAUGACUGUUUAUGAGUGUUCAUCAUUGGAUUUCACGCUUGAUUUGUACUUUCAUUGUAUGAACAUGAAACAAGUCCUUUCGCAUGAAUAAAACGAUGAAAGUUCAAAACAUUCUAUUUUAUGAUUAUACUAUUUUUAAAGCAAUAUAUGUAUAUAAUCGAUUCAAUUUAAACAUUUUUAUCAUUGAUUUUAUUUUAACUAAAGAGCAUGCGUAAGAAAUACGCCAUGUCUCGUGUUCUGCCGGAAACACAUGUAGUAACGUGCAACAAUCGCGUUCGUUUCGUUUUUUGUCCCGUCGUCUAUCACAAUUAGGUUUUUCUUUUACAGUAUUAUUAACUUUUUGUAAAUAAUGACAAAGAAGAGGAAACAAUUAGAAAAUGAAGAAACUACAGAAACAACAGAAACAAAUUUACCACCGAUAAAAAGAAUGUCAGACGAACCUCCACCGAAAAAGAUAAAAUGGAUAAACAAGCAGCGUAUAUUAGUGUUUUCAACCAGGGGUAUUGGUCAUAUUCAUCGUCAUCUUAUGGAAGAUAUAAAGACUCUUAUGCCACAUCAUCGACCUGAAAGUAAAAUGGAACGUUCCAAAGAUUUGCAGGUUGUUAAUGAAAUGUGUCAAAUGAAGAAUUGCAAUAAAUGUAUACUUUUUGAAGGUCGAAGAAAAAGGGAUCUUUACGUUUGGUUUUCUAAUAUAUCUGCAGGACCUUGUGCUAAAUUUUUAGUUGAAAAUAUUUAUACCAUGGGCGAAUUAAAGAUGACAGGAAAUUGUUUAAGAGGAUCUCGCCCGUUACUUUCAUUUGAUGAAAAUUUCAAUACAAAACCACAUUACAAUCUUUUGAAAGAGUUAUUCAUUCAAAUAUUUGGUGUUCCAUAUCAUCAUCCGAAAAGUCAACCAUUCUUUGAUCAUGUUUACACAUUUACUGUAUUAGAUAAUAGAAUAUGGUUUAGAAACUUUCAAAUUCUCACUGAAGAUGGAGGAUUAGCAGAAAUUGGACCUAGAUUUGUUUUAAAUCCAGUUAAAAUAUUUGUUAAUAGUUUUGGUGGAGAAACAUUAUGGGAUAAUCCUCUUUAUGUUUCACCUGCUAAGUAUCGACAAUUAUUAAAUAAGAAAGCUGCUGGUAAAUAUGUGAAUAGAUUGGAGCAAAAGAUGGUACAGCAAGCUAAUAAACCAAAAGAAAGUUAUGCUUUAAAUCCUGUGGAUGAAAUAUUUAAAGGUGAUCCAAUUGAAAAGGCUUUAGAAUUACAAAGUAAGGAUAAAGAAGAAGAAGAAAUAGAAAAAAUGGAAAGUCCAAAAAGGAUUAUAAUGAGAAAAAGAAAUAAGUCUCCAAGUAAACAAUUAAAUAAACCAUUAAAUAAAAAAGUCAAAAAGAAAAGACUUACAAACAAGAAAGUAAAAAAAAAUAUCAAACACUGAUUAAACAUUUUAUACUUGUGUGAUUAUAUCUUUGUUACAUAAUAAUAAAAUUCACAUAUAUUGUUCUUAAAAUUUUUUACAGUUGUUAUAUAUUUGUACCUUAUAUUAUCAUAUGAUUUUGGUGCAUGUUAAUAAAUUUAUAGCAGGUAGCAUAAUAAGUACACUUCUCAGCAAUAAUUAAAUUAUUAAAUGCAAAUGUAAAAGUCUUAAUAUAAAAGUCUUAAUUAAAAAUAAUACUUAGAAAGACAUCAAAAUGUCACAAGUUAUCUUAGAUACAAAUGAUAGUGUAAUAGAAAAUAUGUAUAACGUAUAACAUUCUGUAUACUUAGAUAUAGUUAAUUCGUAUAUAUGCUAGUAACAUUGCAAUUAAAUGUGCGUUAAAGAUAUAUUUAAUAUUUAUAGUUUGUAAGGAACUAAUAGUUCAAGAUACUACUAACUAAAGAUAAAAUAUAUAUGAAUUACAUGAUACACCUUGCAUAAAAGGUAUAAAUUUAUACAUAAAUUCAUAUUAAAUAUAUCAUUAAGUUCGAUUCCAACGUUACUGACAAUAAUUACAAUUCUUUUUGUAUAAAUUUAAUGGCACUUAUGUAAAUCAUAUUUUAGCAGCCAUAUAAGCAUUAUAGGUACAUAAUAUAUCUCUUUAAAACAUA